GUCUUUCAUAUAUUGUACAUUUUUUUUUUCUCAGUUAAAAUGGCUGCCUUACAGAUUUAAGCCUCCUCGCCUCCAGGAUAAAAAUACCCCUUCAGCAAAGCAUAAUCACCGCGAUCCGCCAUUAGGACGGCGCCGGGAAGCUUCCUAGAUGUCUCGGUUUUGCGUUAAAUAGAGUUAUGCUUUGGUUUCAGGGAUGGAAGAUCUAUCUGUUUCAUAUUUAACCCAUUGCACUCCGAGAUCCGCGUCCAAAUGAGAAAAAUGAUGCAUCAAGUAGCUAGCAACAACAACGAUUACGGCUUGGGCGCCCUAUCCGAAGAUGGCCAGCACUCGAGCAGCCAUUUCGAGUUGUGCGCCUCGCAGUCGGGAAAAUUCUACCCGUCCGGCCCACCUCCGCCGCUUCAGCUGCCCAUACCCAACUUGCCGCCUUUGCCCCAGAGCAUGAUCAAGCCCAUGUCAUGCCAGAUGCAGGACUCUGCGAGCGACUUUCUGCCUCAGGCUGUGCGCAUGAGGGCUGCCGAGGCACCCGAAGGCUCCAAGAAGAAGAAAGGACUUGGGAAGACGGGAAGACGUGGUAGACCUGCAGGUACCACCAAGUCCGCUGGGUAUCGGACAAGCACAGGACGGCCGCCUGGCACCACGAGGGCGGCUGGGUUCAAAACGAGCCCAGGCAGGCCGCUAGGGACAACCAAGGCCGCUGGGUACAAGGUCAGUCCCGGGAGGCCUCCAGGCAGCAUCAAGACGUUGGCCAAACUCAACAAACUGGACUAUAGCGCCUGCAACGGAGCACCCUUCCCUUAUACGCUGAUGCAGAAACGGGCACUUUGCGAAGCCACGGCUAAAGAGAAAAACACUAGCGAAUGAAAGCAGGCUUUUGUAUUUAUUAGGAAAAGAUAACAUCCCUGGAGUGACGUUGCACUGAGGCAGGACUCUUGCGAGGCAGAAAGGCAAAUUUUGAUACCUAGGCUAAACACUUGUGUAUGUGAAAGUGUUCCAUUGUCAUGAUCAUUUUUCGUGUUAUCUCUAUCCAAAGAGCAUUAUCAUUCUCUCACAUCCGUAAAGGAGCAAUAAGUAGAUUACUGUAGAUUACAUUUCAUUAGAAUGCAACCUAAUGAAACCUUAAGGAAAACGAAUUUGCGGAGCGUUAUGUUAUAAUAAUACAUUAACGGCAAACUUCGGUGCAGACGCAGACAAAAGACCUUUCCUUUCUACGUCUUGAACAAGAAAGAGACUGAGAAGCAAAUCCAAAAAAAUUACUGCGUAUUGCUCCUUUACACACACAUAUAUAUAUAUAUAUACUGUACAUACGUGCAUGAUAGUAGUCUUGUGAAACAAUAACACAGUAUGUAUUAUAUUAGACCUUUUUUUUUUGGGCCAAUAGUAUUCACUCAAGCAAAUGUAUAGGAAAAAAAGAAUCACUUUUGUGUUGUUUUUAAUCUUGUUACCUAACUUUUGAUAACGUGAACGCUCUGUAGCGAGAUCCGAUUUCAUUCCGCACUUCGAAAAACGUUAACGGAUCAAUAUCACAUGCAUAUUUAUCCUUCUUUUUUCCUAAAGUGUUACGUGAUUUGUGCUUUGCCUGUAUCGUCUUCAGUAUGAACUAUCUUUUAUUUGUAUUUAUGAAAAAAUGUGGUGCCGUAGUGUCGAGUGACCUUUUAAAGAAUAUUUGAAUUUAUUCUUUAAUUUCUUUUCUUUCUUUUGCUGUUAUUGUUGUUGUUGUUGUUUGUUUGUGCUCAGAUGAGAAAAAUGAAUCAGUGUAACGCUUUACAAACCUUUUUUUUUCCCCUUUCUUUGGUAAAUGUAACUGUGAUCUGAUAGCUUAGUAUAACCUGUAGUGUUACUGUUCCAUACAAAAAUAUUCAUGUUUAUCUCCAAAUCUGGAAUGCCAUGGUUCAAUCUUUUUGUUUAGUGUUGUGUAAGCAAUUAGCAUCCAAUCUGAUUUAAAAAAUAAAAAAUAAAUAAAAAAAAUAUCACUUAAGCAAUGCUUCUUGCAUGGAAACCGCUCGGAUGUAUAUUACUUACAGUAUUUAGCCAAGGUUUUGUGGUAACUAAACUUUGUGCGAUGUUCUGGCAUUCCAUCCAUGAUGUAUUUCCAUCUCGCACCCAGUAUUCCUGGGAUGGUUCCCAGGAUCCACAUUGACCCUGACCACAAUAAAGCACUUAUUAAAAAAAUGAA